AUGACUGACCCCUUUUCCGUGGCUGGGAGCGCAGUAGGCGUCGUUUCACUAGGCCUGACUGUUUGCCAGGGUUUCCUUGCUUACUAUGGGCCAUUCAAAACAUUUCACGAGCAGAUUGACGAGGUUGCCUGCCGAGUAUCGUCCCUAGAUGGGAUCUUGAAGGCACUGGAAAAUGUGCUCAUUAACGCACAUGUACUAUCCAACUCUCCUUCAGCUCAAUCUACAGCUGUCGCGAUAGAUUCGAUCAUAUGUUGCGAGAAUGGACUGCAAAAGCUAAGAAAGAUGCUCGAGAAAUGCCAAAUCACCAGACCAGCCCACAACCUACUAGGAUCCAAUAUUCAAAUCAAUCGGAUGCUGUACCCCUUUAGACGUGACACGCUGAUGACACUCAUGGGAACGAUGAACUGGUUGCAAGCCAACCUCAGUACCUCUUUGCAGAUACUGAACAUUUCUAUGAUGAUUAUCAACCAAAGGCAGAUGGAUUUGGUACUCAGCAGCUCAUCAUCUAGCGCGUCAAAUACAGACCACAUUCUUGCAGCAGCGGAUCGUUUGGGCCAAGGCAUCAUGACGAAACAACUACUCACUACUGGUACUAAGGAAUCCAACUUUCUUCAUUAUGGAGCAAGUCAAGUUCUGAAACCGGCUUUACUACGGUCAAUUCUGGACAGUCACCUAACUUCCAACGAAGUCACUGGCAGCUUUAUGGCUAAAGGCCAAGUCCAACGUAGAACAUCCCGAAUGAGAUGCUCAUGCACUAAUUGCAAGUGGUCCACCUACUCAAUCAGAGGGGCUUUGAGUAGUGGUACAGCUAAUUACCAUGGAUGCGAAGUUCAGGCCCAGGAAAAAAGGAUCAUUUCAUUGUUCAAGAAACAAACAUUCUACACCAGGAUUCUGAACUUCUCAGUCCAAGCAUCGUUAACCAUCACAAAGGGCGCUGGAUGCUUCUCGAUUAGACCCAACCUUGAGUUCCGAGCAGUUGUGCCGCUAGAUUCGCCAGUAUUUACCCUUCUCAUGGACACCGAGAAAGGCUUGAGGUCACAAAAAGCCGACUUUAUCAUAGGACGUACCCACAAAAAGCUACUCCAGCUAUUUCAGGAGGGCAAAGCAUCAUGUUCCGACACUUUACCAAAUGGUGAUACUAUUUUACACGUAAGUGGAUCAUCUAUGCCAGAUCGAAAGCUGGCACUUAGAAGACGAAUUCCUCUAACACUUUCAAAAGUUGAUAACUAG